GAAGGAAAUUGGCAGGGACAUGUGUUAUUACAGACUGCCUUAUUAAUUCUAGCACAACAGAACUCUCUUUGAGAAUUGCAAUGUGUAAUGAAUGGAUUUAUGUGCUUAAUGAAUAUUUUCAGACUUGCAAAAGAGAUGGGGGGAUUGUGAGUUACUUCUCCCUGACAGUGAUCUCAUGUCAGCUUCUCAAAUUCUACAGUAUUGUUGAUCUGGAGGUAGCUCACGUAGUUAUGUAGCUGGAGGGUGAAAUGGAAGAAUUUGCAGCUGGAGGAUCCUAUUCUGACAGCAGAUGGCUCCCUUACAUACAGGCAGAAUGCCUCCCACUCAGGCAGAAAGUGUUAUAAAGAAUAUCAUUCGAGAAAUAGGACAAGAAUGUGCAGGCCAUGGAGAGAUUGUUUCUGAAACUCUGGCUGCUUUUAUGGUGAAAGCUGUUGUCUUGGACCCCAGUAAUGGCUUUAACAUGGAUAGAACCCUCAUGAAAAGUGAUGUACAGAAACUUGUUAAGGUUUGUGUGUGUCGGCUGUUGGAUAGUAAAAAUCCAUCCCUGGACACCAUUAAGAUGCAAGUCUACUUUGAUAUGAAUUAUACGAGUCGAGAGGAAUUUCUUGAAGAACAUCACCGGGUCUUGGAGUCUAGAUUAGGUCCUGUUAUGAGAGAAAUUACAGAUAAUAGAGCAUGUGCUAGAGAAGAAUUGGAAAGCCUCUACCGAAAGAUUGUCAGCUACGUGCUUCUGUGCUCUGGGCUGGGAUCGCCUACAGAUAUCAAGAUUGUCAGAGAGGCAACAGCUGCCCUACAGAGUGUUUUUCCUCAGGCUGAGCUUGGAACAUUUCUAACGCUUUCUAAGAAGGACAAAGAACGCCAACUGCAUGAACUCACCAUGAUUGUUACUGGGAUCCGUUUGUUUAACCGAGACUGUGGAAAGGGAGGAGAAGGCAUUGAUGACUGCUUCUUUGUAGAUUGUUUCGUGUCUCUCAAUAUGCUUUUAAAAACAGUGCCAGCCAUUCUACAUGAAGCAAUCCCAGCCACCACUCAGCACAUUGAUUCCCAAAUUCAGAUUGCCCAGGACCAGGCAUACCGCUACACAGCCAUCCUGGAGAAAGCAGCAAAGAACCCGCUUAUGAGUGUAGAACUUCAGCCAUAUAUGUUAAAAGAAGCGCUGUAUAAUGUGCGGCAGUAUGAGGUCUUCCUUCAGAUCAUUUUGUCAGAUGUAAUUACCUGUGCUCAAGAGGUAGAAAUGAUGACAAAGCAAUUAGGAGCCCAACUGGAACAAUUAAAAAUGACUAUAAAGUCAAAGACAGCUGUUCCAACAUCACAAGUCUUCCCCAUCUUCAUUGCACUCUCCAGACUGUGGACUAGCUUCCAGGAUGAAACUGUUUUGAUUAGUGUCCUCAGCAAUUUAACAACUCAUCUUGAGCCAUUCCUGGGUUCUCAUGAUCUACUCUUUCCUGAGAAAGUGAUGCAGAAUCUUCUUGAUGGACUGACUGUGAAAACCGAUGUGUGCAGGGUGAAAGAACACUUGGAAGAUAGAGUACAUCUGGUGGAUUUCAGAAAACAAGAAUGGCUUUUCCCAGAAACAACAGCAAAUUUUGAUAAAUUGCUAAUUCAGUAUCGAGGAUUCUGUGGUUAUACAUUUGCCACAACAGAUGGUCUUCUCCUUCCAGGAAAUCCAGCAAUUGGAAUUUUGAAAUAUAAAGAAAAGUAUUACACUUUCCAUACCAAAGAUGCUGCAUACUUAUUUGCAGAAAAUCCUGAACAUUAUAUUGAUCUAAUUAAAGAAAAAGCAAAAAAAAAUGCAGAAUUAAUUCAGUUACUGGAACUUCAUCAACAGUUCGAAACCCUCAUUCCAUAUUCUCAAAUGAAGGAUGUUGACAAACAUUAUAUAAAACCAAUUACAAAGUGUGAAAGUAGCACUCAGACGGAUACACACAUAUUGCCACCAACCAUUGUGAGAUCGUAUGAGUGGAAUGAAUGGGAAUUAAGAAGAAAAGCUAUAAAAUUGGCCAAUUUGCGUCAGAAAGUUACUCACUCAGUACAAACCGAUCUCAGUCACAUGAGAAGAGAGAAUUAUUCACAGGUGUACCCACCCAAGGAUGCUAGCACGCAGUCUAUGAGAGAAGGCAGCACCCGAGUGCCCAGGCCCCAGAUUUACCUAGCUGGUCUCCGUGGGGGACAGAGUAAAAUCACUUCUGGGGUCAAGGUGAACUUAACCAGAGCUGUUGAUGAGACCUAGUUAGAGACUGAAUUUUUAAAGUGGAUUUCACUAAGUUAUGGACAGUGGCAAAUAUUGACAAGUAUCUUUGUAUCUGUGAAAAUUAGUUAAUUUUGUGGGUCUGGCACAUUUAUUGGUUGUGUAAAUGUUUUCCAGAUUCUUAUAUUCACUGUCAAACUGCUACAAAAAACUAAAAAGUGUUCUCUGUAACACAUUUUGCAUUCUAUUAAAAUUGGGAAGUAAAA